CAGGCCGCCCAUGCAGACAUGCAUGAGCGGUUAAAAUGUGCAGACGCUAGUGCACGCUUGGUGGAAAAAAAACGUCGUGUCCGUUAGUCGUGUUUAGGUCGGGCAGCGAGCAGCAUCAACCUGGAUCCGUCGACCGUCGAAAUUUCUCCGCUCGCAGUUUGUUUGGUUUCGUUACCCAUUUUCCGCACCUUAGGUGCGUUGUGCGGGCAAAGAAAGUAGCGCCAACAAAAAGGGAAAAGUUUGACUGUGACAUCAAGUGAUUUUAAGUGGCCAACUACGGCAUAAAAAAAGGAGAAGAAAUUGGUUAGUUUGAGAAAGUUAUUAAAUUUUUCUUGAAGCUCCCCUGCUCGGAGAGAAGCCCGGCACUGGUGAAACGGAGCAUGUGGACUUGGAAGACGCGUGGAUGAUUGUGUGUUAUAGUUACAGUUACAGUUUUGAAAGGUAAAAAAAAGGAAGAAACAACUCGUGUGUGACAGUCUCAAAACAGUAAGGGAAAAAGGGGCAAGCUAAGUAACGACCUUCCCCCCUUUUACUGUACUGCCAAAAACAUAAAAUUACGAAAGAAAAGGGAGCAACGACGGUUCGCUGCUUUUUUGUUUUGUUUUGUUUUUUGUUUUUGCAAACAUCCCUUCGCGCUCAACCCAACGUCAUCGUGUUCAACCGCAACCCAACGGGCAGUGCAGUCAAGCGAAGGGCAUUCGUCCUUGCUGUUCGAGCAACACAAACUAAAGCCCGGCAAAGGAUCGGGCACAGGAGUCGGCGUCGGAACGGGGUGAAAGCCACCUCGUGGCACAAAACGGCACCAAAACGGCUCCCAAAAUGCUAGAGCGACACAGACACAGCACCGCGCAUGCCUGACGACCUCCACCCGUACCCGACCGACCAUCCACGCUUGGUGCCGUGACCAGGAGCCGAGCGUGAUAACGCGACCGGGGCAAAAGGUGGGCGCAGUCGGAAUCGGCCCUCCGCGAGACACGACUACUAAUCACACCGCGUUACUCUAGACACAUACUAAAUUCUAGCGCAAAAGUGAGAGUUAAACGGGAAAGAAUAUGAACCGCGUGUGCUAGCUGAAAGGCGUCGGUUUCGAGAACAUUGUUGUUUGCAAAGAUUUAGUGUUUGAGUGUGUGUGUGUUUCGGAAAUUUGUGGCACAACUUACAACGACCAGCGUGCUAGUGGGCCCGUUUACUGCAAUAUGGGCACGGCACAGGACAACCAUUUAAGACGAAGCACGGAUGAGCAGCAGCAGCAGCAGCAGCAACGGCACCACCAUCACCAUCACAGGCGGUCGCAAAAUCAGCGCCAACCGGCCCGACCGACCGAGGGCAAACCGACGCCAGCUGGCGAGCAACAGGCAGUGUCGAAAGUCGGUGCCAUCGUAGCAAAAGGGCGCUCGAAGCCGGCGAAAGGCGACGAACCCGACGAUUGGCAGUACCCGUUCCAGCACCACCAGCAGCAGCAGCAGCAGCAGCAGCAACAGCGGGACGAACCCGUCUGGGGCGCAAAAGAACGAACGAACGAGCGGGAAUGGGGUGGUUUUAAGAAACCCGGCCCAAAGUAUCCCGAGUCGGACGAUUGCGACUCCCUGCCGCCACCGCCGCCGCCCGAUGACGAUUCUUACUUUGACGACGACGAUCGGCUUUCGCACGGUCACCAUCACCACCAUCACCAUCACCAUCAGCUGCAGCAGCAACAGCAGCAGCACCUGGCCCAUCUCGCCCAAGCACAUCACAACGGGAUGCAUCUAGCGACACAGCAGCAGCAACAGCAACAGCAGCAGCAGCAGCAGCAGCAGCAGCACCGUCAUCACUUUGGCACCGGGACGCCACCGCCCGCGCUCGAUUCCGAUCUGGACGCGAGCCUCAAGAAGGACCGGAAGCUGCGCUCCAACUCGGACAGCUCCAACGCCACCAGCGGUGGAGGAGGUGGUGCAGGAAAGCACAAGAACGGAGGGCUGGGCGGGAAGGCGGCGAACGGAGGGCACGGCCAUCAUCACCACCAUCACCAUCACCAUCAUCACAGCCGGGGGGCAAUGCACGCGAAAAGCAGCCGGGCGGAGUCGGUCCUGUCGAGCGAUUCCGACAUACGGUUUACGCGCCGCAAGCUCGGCGACAACCAGAAGUGUGGCUGUGCGCUGAUUGCCGGCUUUCUGCUGAUACUGCUGUGCGCCGGUGCGAUCGUUUACGUUGGCUACACGUACCUGCGGCCGGAACCAUUGCCGGAUCGGAUAUUCCGGGCGCGGCUGCGCGUGAUCGAGGGUGACCGAUGGACGCCCGAGCUGGCAGAUCAGAACACGCUGCGCUUCCAGCACCGAGCCCGCGACUACCGGGAGCGCAUCAAUCUCAUAAUGCGCCGGUCAGACCUGCGCGAACCGUUCGAGGGUAGUGAAAUUCUUGCACUGGAUGGCAACGAGGAACCGGGCGACCUGACGCUACACUUUGCGCUCUACUUCGACCCGUACGCCGAGCUGGUGUCGGCGGCCGAUCUGCGCUCCAUCCUGCUGGAGGAGAUCACGGGCCAGGAGCGCAAGUACUUCCGCAACCUGACGAUCGAUCCGAACAGCCUGGUAAUUAAGGAAGUGUCUGGCACGGGCGACGACAUCGUCGGCACGUCCUCCUCGCCGCUCGGCGGCAAGGAUGAGGUGACGGUGGAGAUCGUCACGACCGCACGACCCCCGCGCAAGUGUGAGCCGCUGCGGCUCGGGUACUGCCGGUCGGUCGGGUACAACGUCACGACCUAUCCGAACUUCUUCGGCCACGGCUCGCUGGAGGAGGUCGAGGCGGAUCUGAUCUCGUUCCGGGAGCUGGUCGAUGCGGAGUGUUUCCGCCAGGCGUUCGACUUCAUCUGCCGGUUGCUGCAGCCGCCGUGCGAGUACCGCAGCAUCGAGGAGCCGACGGCUGGGACGGUCUGCCGCCAGUACUGCCAGUCGUUCUGGGCGGGCUGCGGCGAGCGGCUGCCGGAGCGUCUGCGCCGCUAUCUGGACUGCGAGCGGUUCCCGGAGUCGACGGGUGUGCAGUCGUGCCACAGCAAGCCGGGCUGCACGGGCGAGCUGCAGGCAAAUGCGCUCUCGUCGCGGCUGUGUGACGGUGUAGCUGACUGUGCCGACCUGUCGGACGAGAACACGUGCACGUUCUGUGCGUACGGGGCGAUCUCCUGCGGAAGAAGCCGCGCUUGCUACGCCCGCAAUGCCCGCUGCGACGGCAAGCUGGACUGUCCGGACGGUAGCGACGAGAAGGAUUGCCUGUCCAUCUCGCCCCAGGUAAGCUUCCUGACGUUCCCGCCACCGAUCGUCCCAUUCCGGCCACGGUUCUACUCGGAGGGCUACGCCGUCUUCUCGGAGAAGGGCACCACCGGCAAGCUGUGCUCGGUCGGGAUGGAGGGCAACGAGUACGUGCGCAACACCGUCGCCGAGUCGCUGUGCAAGGCGCUCGGGUACGAGCGGGUCGACUACUCGGAGAUACGCAACGACACGGAGCCGAACACGAGCUACGUGCGCGUGUUGGAUCCGCGCGCGUCCGAGAUUUCGUUCGUGCGCACGCAGUGCCAGAGCAAGCAGUCGCUGUACGUCGCCUGCAGCCACCUGGAGUGUGGCGUGCAGUCGACGCUACCCACGAGUCAGAACAUCGGCCUUUCCAAGAUGGCGACGCCGGGCGAUUGGCCGUGGCAUGUGGCGCUGCUCCGGGCCGACACGCACGUCUGCGACGGCACGCUGGUUUCAAAAGAUUGGGUCCUCACGACGGAAUCAUGCUUCCAGGGCCAGGCAAAGGCCACGUGGAUGGCGGUGUUUGGUGCGGUGCGCCUCUCCUCCAACGCACCCUGGACGCAGCGGCGUCGUAUUAUCGGUAUGGUGAAGUCACCGGUAGAGGGCAGCACCGCCGCCAUGGUACGGCUCGAGACGCCCGUCGUCUACUCGGACUUUGUGCGACCCAUCUGUCUGCCCGAUCUGCCGCUCAAGGAGACGAUCGAUCGCAGCGACAACAGCGUGACGCCGACGCCGCACGCGGAAAAGUACUCGACCGGCGGCAAGUCCUCGAAGGCGGUGGUCGGCCGCAAGCUGAAGGAGUACCGGCAGUACUUCGAGAUGCCGGGCGAGGACGAGCUGGCGGCGGACGAGUACGGCGACCUGAACGAGGCGGCCAAGUACGUCAACCAGUACAGCGCAGACUUUGCCGACGAGCAGUACCACAUCCCGCAGGCGGAGGCUGCCGUCGGGCCGGUGCAGGGCCGUCCCACACCGUCACCACCGUCGGCGGGUGUACCGUCGGCUGCCUAUCCGCUGCCCGCCAACUCGCCGCAAACGAACAACUACAUCUCCGCGCUGAACUACAUCAGCUCGGGCGGUGCCGCGAACGUGGGCGCGCCGGGCGGUGGCGUUGGGUUCCUCCAGCAGCCGACCAAGCUGGGCAAGCAGAGCCAGUGGACGAACUGCAACACGCUCGGGUGGUCGCGCCAGCGGGACCAUCUGCAGCGGGUGCAGCUGAAGCUGAUCGACAUGUCGCCGUGCGAGAACAUCUCGAUCGCGACGGUGAACAGCAUGUGCGCGGAGUCGGCCUACCACAAGCAGGACUGCAGCGAGGAGGAGUUUGCCGGCAGCCCGGUGGUGUGCCUGCUGCCGAGCGAUCGGCGCUGGGCCCUGGUCGGCAUUAGCUCGUGGCGCAUCGCCUGCGCCCCGAACGGUAUCGAGCGCCCCCGGAUGUACGACAAGAUUACGCCCAACACGCCCUGGAUACGGGACACGAUCUCCGCCACGGUGACGUGAGGGGGCGUCCAGAGAGAAAGCGAGAAAUAGAAAUAGAGGUGCAAACAUUCACACAUAACCAAAAACAGAAACACGAACAAAAAAAUCACAGAUUAGCAAUGUAAAGGGAUAAGUGAGUCACUUCGCCGUCAAGUGUUGUAAACAGCUUUGUGAUAACGAUUGCCACAAGUCAACUGAAUACAUAUGUGUAUGUGUAUA